AGCGAAAUAAAGUUCAUUCGAAAAUUGAAGCGGUGCGAUAUAGUGCUUACAGCGGGUGUGUGGUGGUUAAUUUUUUGGUGCGCAAAAUUAGGAAAAUAAAAUUUAGUGGUGUCGCUUAUAAGCGGUAUCGCAUCUCCGUAAAAUUAGUUUUAAAAGGAAAAAUGCAAUAAAAGUUCGUGCGUUUUGGAAAUAAAGUAGCGGUGUAAAUUCAUUUCGAUGUCGGUAUAUUUGCAUUUGCAAAACUAAAGUCCAGUGAUUUGUGAGUCCUUAGGAAGCUUUACAUAUUAAAAUAUUGGAAGUGAAAAGGGAGACGAAGGUCGUCGUGACUGUCUAAGAAGUAAUAAAUACGGAAAAGAUAAGUUAUUGAUUGAUAAAGGGCAAAAAGGUGCUUACUAAUUAGAAUUGGAUAUCAAGAGUUCCAUUGGGAAAAAAGCUAGUUGGAAUCGGUCAAUUGGCCAAUUGGUUAGUCGAUAAUCGUUGAUACAUGUUUAUACAUGUGUAUGUGGUAUCGGUAGCGGAGUAGUGGUUAAAGAAAUUGUCCAAUUUGAGUGGUGUUCCGUAAACGCGAGACUGAUUAUAUUGGUGUGGUGCUUUUCGAACAUACAGCAGCGGUGCCUCAACAUAAUAAAAUAACAACAACGUGAUAUCGAGUGAAUUUGUAUCAGACAGAGAACGAGUAUUUGAGAACCGCGAAAGGGAGCAACGAGCAAAAUGGGAAAGCAAAAAAUUUAUUGUGCUAAAUGCGAUAAAAAGUGUUCCGGCGAGGUGCUACGUGUGGCCGAUAAGCAUUUCCACAAAGCUUGCUUUCAAUGUUGUCAAUGCAAAAAGUCGCUCGCCACUGGCGGAUUCUUUACCAAAGAUGGCGUUUACUACUGCAUUCCCGACUAUCAGCGUCUCUACGGCACGAAGUGUGCCGCUUGCCAACAGUAUGUCGAGGGUGAAGUGGUCUCGACCAUGGGAAAGACGUAUCACCAAAAGUGUUUCACGUGCUCGAAAUGUAGCAACCCUUUUAAAUCAGGAAGCAAGGUAACAAAUACCGGCAAAGAGGUGUUAUGUGAAAAUUGUAUUCCAGCUGCUGCUUCAUCGCCCAUCCGACAACCGCCGACCACUGCCGAAACGUCGCGUAAGGAAGGCACGGUUUCACCAGUUCCAAAAGCUGAAAGUCCAACACGUGCCACUGCACACCAGCAGAUGACUAGUGGCGUGGUGUCGGAUAAAGCGCAUCUGAAGGAAGACUAUGACCCGAACGACUGUGCCGGAUGCGGUGAAUUAUUGAAGGAGGGUCAAGCAUUAGUUGCGUUGGAUCGACAGUGGCAUGUUUGGUGUUUCCGUUGCAAAGCAUGUAAUGCCGUACUAAACGGCGAAUAUAUGGGCAAGGAUGGUGUGCCGUACUGUGAGAAGUGCUAUCAAAAAUCAUUUGGUGUCAAAUGUGCUUACUGUAAUCGCUUUAUUAGCGGAAAAGUGUUACAAGCAGGUGAUAAUCAUCACUUUCAUCCGACAUGCGCACGUUGUACGAAGUGCGGCGAUCCAUUCGGAGAUGGCGAAGAAAUGUACCUACAAGGUAGCGCUAUUUGGCAUCCACGCUGUGGUCCUGGACCGUCUGAAUCCGGCAUAAUAUUAAAUGGUGGAGGCCCAGCCGUCGGUAAUGGUGGGUUCACGGACACUGAAUGCGAUCGUAUAAGCUCUAGUGCGCUCAGUGAUAUGUACACGCGCUCCAGAACGCCGAGUUUUAAUGGUUCACUUUAUUCCUCUAGCCGAAAGCACUACCGUACCGUUAGUCCCGGGCUAAUCUUACGUGAAUAUGGCCGUCCCGGUGGUGAAGAUAUUUCGCGUAUUUAUACGUACAGCUACUUGACAGAUGCUCCACACUACUUACGCAAGCCAAUUGAUCCGUACGAUAAAAUGCCUUUGUCACCACAUUUCCAUCGACCGCCGUCGUACGCCACCAGUACAGCUGGUUCAACGGCAGGCAGUCGGCCACCGUCACGGCCUCAUUCACGCAGUCGCAGCGCCAUGAAAGUACUUGUAGAUGCGAUCCGGUCGGAGACGCCUCGCCCCAAGAGCCCUGCCAUGAACAACGAAGAGCCCAUAGAGCUGUCUCACUAUCCAGCUGCAAAGAAGCCACCGCCGGGCGAAAAACCGAAAAUUGAAAGGGAUGAUUUCCCAGCACCGCCUUACCCAUAUACAGAUCCAGAGCGUAGGCGCCGCUACAGUGAUACUUAUAGAGGUGUUGCUACUUCCGAUGAUGACGACGAAGUCGACAAUAGGAAAAAUGGAGACGCUGACACGCGUCUACAUCGUGAGGCUGAAGAGCUGGAAAAAUUGAAUUCGGGCAUAGGUUCAGUUAUUGCUAAAGAUUUAAAGGAACACGCAAAAUAUAGAAAAUGGAAACAACAGAAUUUAGACCCGAGAAAUGCAUCACGUACCCCAUCGGCAGCCAAAGAACCUAUACUCAAGUUAAGAUACGAAUCGCCCAUUGGUGCUUCACCAUCGCGUAAUUUGGAUCAUCAGAAGCCUUUCUACGAAGAUGAAAUAUUUGAUCGGUCAACAAGUUACAGAGGAUCGUUAGGCAAAUCGCUUGGUAAUGCGCCCAGCUACAACGUGGUGAGCGCCUUGCGACAUGUCCCUAAACCAGGAUACGGCUUGGCUCCACGCUCACAUACAUUCAGUGCAUCCACUCCGGCCGGUGGCACUACUGCUGUGCACCCUGUUGCUACUGAUUUUUCAUAUGGAGGUCUUGUGGAUAAAACUCAUAGCACAGAUUUAAGUUGCGGAAAAUCGGAAGCUUCAGUUGAUUCCAUUACAGAUGGUGAUAGGCGUGUUUUGAUGGGUGGCGAGCUUCCCGCUUCUAGCACUUAUUCGGGUGUUUUGUCCUAUCAUUAUCCACAAACUGGGUUGAUACGCCGCAGUCUACCAAACAUGGCACACUCUUUGCUGGUACACGAGCCGGCUAAGAUUUAUCCUUAUCAUUUAUUAAUCAUCACAAACUAUCGUCUGCCAACAGAUGUUGAUCGCUGCAACUUAGAGCGUCAUUUAUCCGAUGUAGAAUUUGAGCAUGUUUUGCAGUGCUCUCGAUCCGAGUUCUAUCGACUACCCCAAUGGAGACGAAACGAGCUGAAACGACGAGCUAAGCUUUUCUAAGUGAACAAAACCAUUGAAUCAACAUUUCUCUACCGGAUUAUUGGCUGGAUAAUAGGACUGUCUCAACCCACACAUGCACCUGCGAUUGUUCGUAGCUUAGAAAAAAAAAAAUUAUACAUAUAUAGAUAUAUAUGCAUCGUUAUUACAAACGAUUAUUCAAAUUAAAUAGGCUCAUCGUGUACACUUGCUUUAGCAUAGCAAAGCAAAAUCAACGAGUCAACGUCUAUAGCUUAGCCGCUAUUCACGUCUGCCACACUCACAGGAGAAAAAACUAUAGAAACUAAAUGCUCCAAACGAUAGAAAAAGAAAUGCGCUAGACCGCCCCCUUUGUAACCAAAUCGACUACCAACUAUCUUCUAAUAGUGAAUAAGAUUAAGUUGUAUUGCCUGAAUGCAAAUAUUGACCGUUAAAAAAAAAAACAAGAAAAUAAUCGGACAAGCUUUACAGCUUUACAAUACGAGUACGCAAAAAUAGUAAAACUUAAACAAAUUCUGAGCUUUUUCUAUUUUAUAUAGCAUAUUACUUUCGUUCGCAAUUAUAUUGUAUUUAUAUACGUGCAUAUACCUGUAUUUUUUAAAUUAUAUUAAAAGAGAAUAUUGCGAAAGCUGACACUACACAUAUAUGUAUGUACACAUUUGCAUGUAUGCUGACUUCUACUGAUUUCUAUAUAUUUUUGAUUUCCUUUAUGCAUUUGCAUUUAUUCGCGUAUUAUUAAGGCGAAAUAGGUCGAAAAGCAGAAAUGAUGCUAAAGUACUAAUUUGCUUUCUAAAGAACACAUGCAUAGAAACAUGCGAUUAAGAUACGAGUAUAACACGCUGAAAAUCUGAUAAUUGCAUUAAAAAAAUGUAUUUAUAAAUAUAUGCUUAACAUUUAUUUAAUGUGAA